CCGCCGCCGCCGCCGCGGCCCGGCUCGCCGGUGCACAUCGACUUCGAGCGGCUGGAGCUCAAGGAGCUCAUCGGCGCCGGCGGCUUCGGGCAGGUGUACCGCGCCACCUGGCAGGGCCAGGAGGUGGCGGUGAAGGCGGCGCGGCGCGACCCGGAGCAGGACGCGGCGGCGGCGGCCGAGAGCGUGCGGCGGGAGGCGAGGCUCUUCGCCAUGCUGCGGCACCCCAACAUCAUCGAGCUGCGCGGCGUGUGCCUGCAGCAGCCGCACCUCUGCCUGGUGCUCGAGUUCGCCCGCGGCGGAGCGCUCAACCGCGCGCUGGCCGCCGCCAACGCCGCCCCGGACCCGCGCGCGCCCGGUGCGCGCCGCGCGCGCCGCAUCCCCCCGCACGUGCUGGUCAACUGGGCUGUGCAGAUCGCGCGGGGCAUGCUCUACCUGCACGAGGAGGCCGUCGUGUCCAUCCUGCACCGGGACCUCAAGUCCAGCAACAUUUUGCUGCUCGAGAAGAUAGAGCAUGACAACAUCUGCAAUAAAACGUUGAAGAUCACAGACUUUGGGUUAGCGAGAGAAUGGCACAGGACUACCAAAAUGAGCGCCGCGGGCACUUACGCUUGGAUGGCCCCGGAAGUCAUCAAGUCCUCCUUGUUUUCUAAGGGAAGUGACAUCUGGAGCUAUGGAGUCCUGCUGUGGGAGCUGCUCACGGGAGAAGUCCCCUACCGUGGCAUCGAUGGGCUUGCCGUGGCUUACGGAGUAGCCGUCAAUAAGCUCACUUUGCCCAUUCCUUCCACCUGCCCUGAGCCGUUUGCCAAGCUCAUGAAAGAGUGCUGGCAACAGGACCCUCACAUUCGUCCAUCAUUUCCCUUAAUCCUUGAACAACUGACUGCUAUUGAAAAGGCAGUUAUGACCGACCUGCCUCAGGAAUCUUUUCAUUCCAUGCAAGAUGACUGGAAGCUAGAAAUUCAGCAAAUGUUUGAUGAACUGAGAACAAAGGAAAAGGAGCUGCGGUCCCGCGAGGAGGAGCUGACCCGGGCCGCCCUCCAGCAGAAGUCCCAGGAGGCGCUGCUCAAGCGGCGGGAGCAGCAGCUGGCCGAGCGGGAGAUCGACGUGCUGGAGCGGGAGCUCAACAUUUUGAUCUUCCAGUUAAACCAGGAGAAGCCCAACGUCAAGAAGAGGAAGGGAAAGUUCAGGCGGAGUCGGUUAAAGCUCAAAGACGGACAUCGCAUCAGCUUACCUUCAGAUUUCCAGCAUAAAAUCACUGUGCAGGCCUCUCCCAAUUUGGACAAACGGAGGAGCUUGAACAGCAAUGGUUCCAGUCCGCCUAGUAGCCCCACGGUGAUUCCUCGGCUUCGAGCGAUACAGCUGACUUCGGAUGAAAGCAACAAAACUUGGGGAAGGAACACUGUCUGUCGACAAGAAGAGUUUGAAGAUGUGAAAAGGAGUUUCAAGAAAAAAGGUUGUACCUGGGGACCAAAUUCAAUUCAAAUGAAAGAAAGAACUGAGUGCAAAGAAAGAAUAAGACCUCUCUCAGACGGCAACAGUCCUUGGUCAACUCUCUUACUAAAGAAUCAGAAAACCAUGCCGUUGGCUUCGUUAUUUGUGGACCAGCCAGGUGUUUCUGAAGAGCCAAAACUUUCCCUGGACGGAUCAGAACACAGAAAACCAAAGCAAAUAAAAUCACCUAGUCAAGCCUAUGUGGAUCUACCUCUUUGGAAAGAUGGCCAGAGAGAGAAUCCAGUGGAACCUGGAAGCUGGGAGGAGGGAUUCUCCACGAACCCUGCUGCUGUCACUCCUCAGGUGACCCCUACGAAUAGCCUGAGCAGAUCCCCCCAGAGAAAGAAGACAGAGUCUGCCCUGUAUGGCUGCACCAUGCUGCUGGCAUCCGUGGCUCUGGGGCUGGAUAUCAGAGAGCUCAAUAAAACACAGGCUGCUGAGGAACCAUUGCCCAAAGAAGAAAGGAAGAAACGCGAGGGAAUCUUCCAGCGGGCUCCCAAGUCCCGAGGCAGUGCAAGUCCUUCUACAAGGCCACCGUCUACAGGCGAGGGGGCCGGCAACCCACCUGUCUUCCCUCCAGCAAGCGCCCUGAGCCUUCUGUCCAUGCCCUCUCUCUCCACGAAGUGCUUGCUCCAGACCGACAGUGAAGAUGCAUCUGAGGGCAGCACCCACAUCACCUGUGACCCUGAGAUGCCCGCUCCAGAUUUCUGCCCUGCCGUCGGGGGAGGGAGUCACAGACCGCCCUCCACGCCAAGACUCAAGACUGAUCAGAGGAUGUGGAAAAACCUGCCUCCUCCUUUCUUAGAGCCGACAUGUGGGAAUGUGCCUUAUUACCCUUCUUUGAAAGAACAAGCAUUGCAUCACAGACGCACCCUGUCUGAUGGAAACGCUUCUCAGACCCCAGCUGGGACAACUCUCCUACCAGCCCCCGGAGCCUCUUACCUGCCACCUGAGCGGGUUCUGGGGAUCCCUCACCUCUCACAUGGGCCUCACGGUAACCUGCCAAAGGAGGCCCUGCCUGAAAAACAAAGAGCGGUCAGCAUCAUGCCUCUGCCUCGCCCUCCCUCCUCCAGGAGCCGAACAGAGUCUCAGCCCACAGGGGCCGACUCUGCCAUGCGUGGUCCGGGACCCACUGCUAACUGUUCCCUCGUUGCCCAGGAGAGAACUAAACCCCAUGUGCCUUCCCUACUGGACGCAGAUGCCGAAGGCCAAAGCAGGGACUGCACGGUGCCUUUGUGCAGGAUGAAGAGCAGAACUAGCCGACCAUCCAUAUAUCAACUGGAGAAAGAAUUUCUGUCUUAAGUGCCUUACUUUGUUUGAGCCUUUUUUUUUUUUUAAGGUGAACAAAUUAAAACAAUGUGUCUACCUUUGAACUGUUUCAUGCUGCUGUGUUUUCAAAAGCUGUGGCCAUGUUACUAAAAGUAGUAAUGGAUGUCAACCUUUGCAGAAAAAUAUAUGUGAUUGCUCUUAGCGGUAUGUAUCAUUUUUUCCCCACUGGAUUCUUACCUAGUAACCUGAAACACACACACACACACACGCACACACACACACACACACACACACACACAAAUAAAACAAGAAAUGUGCAACAAUGUAAAACUAUGCUGGGCAGAGUUACCUUGAGCAUAAUUUUAAUGCUUUCUCUGUCCUCAUGUAUAUCCUUGUCUAUAACACCCAAAUUGUAAUGAAGUGUACCCUUUUUGUCCCUUCUCCUUCAUUUUCUUCCUGUUUGCCUUCUCUUUUUGCUCUUUUUCAUCUCUUUCUUGUUAUUUGUGCAACAAAACAACAGGAAUAAUGUGUAUUAGUAAGUAAAGGUAUCUAUUUAAAGAGAUAUAUUGAAGACUGGAAUAGACAGAGGGUCCCAAUGAAAUCCCCUGAACUCAACGUAGGCUUGUAAUGUAUAGAUCUGCCCAGAUCUCACAUAAAUUAUGCAAUAUUUCUCUCUUUGAAAACUUAACUGAAUGUAACUUGCAAACGUUGUACAGAAUGUAACUUUAAAAAAUUUCUUAUCCAUUAGAACCCCAAGACAGAUUUUUAAAAGGUCAGUCAUUGGCAUUUGGCUAGGACCACAUGAUGUCCACCUGAGCGAGGCCAAGCUGUAGCUCUUAUGGUAGAAAAGUUUCUUCUUCCAUCAGUCACCACGUAGUUGGUGUCCAGAGUGUAAAGCUUUUCCGUUUUGUAGUAGGAUUUUUAAAAAUUAAGUGGUGACUUGUAUAUCACGUGUCAGAAACAGUCCUGUCACUUAAUUUUAUUUUUCUGUUUAAAUAUCUGAUUAUUCUGAUAACCCCCAGUAUAGUCAGAAGAAACAGCAAGCAGCAUUGUUAGAAUUUAAGUAUUGCAUAGUUAUUUCAUGUUUCAGUAGUUGUGGAUAAAUGGUAGAUUGACAUCAAAAGAUAAGCUGAUAAUGGUACAAAUGACAAAUACAGAUUAUUUUCAGAUAGGGGUUUUUUAAUGGAUUUGGGGUAGCAGAUCAGGAUUUUAAAUGAUUUUAAAUGGAGUCACUUUUAUAAAAUACUACAUCUAUGAUACAAAUAGACUGUUGAGUUAUUAAACUACAGAAAAGACUAUCCAGGAGCUUGUAUAUUUGUCUGGGUUUCUUUUAGUACAUUCAUUAUGCUUCCCUUCCAUCACUAGAAUGUGACUAUUUGGGAUGACAAUAAAUACUUAAAAUUUUGCAUACAAUGAAA